UAAUUUUAUUUACAUUUUAUUAACACAAACUGUCUCUUUGCAUUGAUUUUAUAAAGAUGACUAAAAGAAAGCUCGACGAGAACGAUACUACUUUAGAGGAUACUGAAAUCAAGAUAGUUGCUUCUCGUUUUAAAUCAGACACUGGUGAAGUUCUAUCUGGUGGUCUGAUAGAGUUGCCAGUCAAUGUAACUGUAAAUAAAUUACAAGAUAUUUGCAAUGCUCUGCUGCAGCAAGAGGAAUCUUUGCCUUUGGCCUUUUAUGUGAAUAAUGUAGAGGUCACAGAUACGUUGGAGAAAUUUGUAGGCGAAGACUUUAACAUCAGUGAAGAUGUUGUAGAAAUUGUCUAUCAACCACAAGCAGUAUUCAAAGUCAGAGCUGUUACGAGAUGUACCGGGUCUUUGGAAGGGCACAAAGAAGCCGUUAUAUCUGUUGCUUUUUCACCAGAUGGCAAGCAUUUAGCUAGUGGUUCCGGUGAUACAACAGUAAGAUUCUGGGAUAUCCACACACAAACACCUCACUAUACCUGUCAGGGACACAGACAUUGGGUCUUGUGUAUUUCUUGGUCACCCUGCGGUUCUAAACUUGCUUCUGCAUGCAAAAAUGGAUCAAUUUAUUUGUGGGAUCCUCACACUGGCAAACAAAUGGGAAAAGCUAUGACAGGACAUAAAAUGUGGGUGACAUCCUUAUGUUGGGAGCCCUAUCAUAAGAAUCUAGAAUGUGUACAUUUAGCAAGCGCAUCCAAGGAUGGUGACAUACGAAUUUGGGACACGAAGAGGGCACAAACUUGUCGUGUUUUGUCUGGUCAUACAAAAAGUGUGACUUGCAUCAAAUGGGGUGGUAGUGGUCUUAUUUAUUCUGCCUCUCAAGAUAGAACUAUCAAAGUAUGGAGAGCAGAGGAUGGUGUAUUAUGUAGAACUUUGGAAGGCCAUGCUCAUUGGGUGAACACUUUAGCUUUGAAUGUCGAUUAUGUGCUUAGGACCGGUCCUAUGCAAUUGGGAUCAAUUGCAAAUAAUCCAUUGGAAUUUGCAAGAACUCAGUAUGAGUCUGUUGGUGAAGAGAAACUUGUUUCUGGAUCUGACGAUUUCACAUUAUUCUUGUGGAAGCCAGAGAAAGAGAAAAAACCUAUUGCAAGAAUGACGGGUCACCAACAACUUAUAAAUGACGUUAAGUUUUCGCCGAAUGGACGUAUAAUUGCAUCUGCGUCCUUCGAUAAGUCCAUCAAAUUGUGGGAAUCUAAUACCGGGACGUAUAUCGCCUCAUUAAGAGGUCACGUUCAAGCGGUUUAUUCACUGGCAUGGAGCGCUGAUUCUCGUCUGCUGGUCAGUGGCAGUGCGGAUUCAACUUUAAAGGUUUGGAACAUGAAAACUAAUAAGUUAAGUCAAGAUCUACCUGGUCAUGCAGAUGAGAUUUAUGCAGUUGAUUGGUCACCAGACGGUCUACGAGUCGCUUCAGGUGGAAAAGACAAAGUAUUGCGAUUGUGGCAAAAUUAAAUUAACAUAUAUUAAACUAAUUUAUCAAAAAAAUCAUGACAUUCAUGUAUUUUUAUUCUCCAAAUAAUGAAAUAUUAUUUUAUAUCAUA